AUGAGUCAGAGCCGUGCAAUCCUGACACUGCAUCGCAGGACUGGGGGUGACACAGAGGGAGGGAAGAGCGCUCGCGAGGUGGACAGUACCGGCGCGGGGCGCGCCGAGGUUCCUGCGCCGCAAGCGGGGGGUGACAGCCCACGCGUCCCGCCCGGGCCCUGCCAGCAAACUUCCCAGCUUUGGGAGGCGCUGGCUGGUGGAAGACCUGCGAAUACCGCGGGGAGGCGACGGCGCCUGUUUGUUUUUAAAAUCGGAGAGUGCGUGCAAGCAGCCGGAGUCCAGGAGGCGACCGAAGGCUGCGGCCCGCGGCGGAAGGGGGACAGCAGAGGCCCGAGCUCAGGCAGGAGCGGGGUAAGUGGGCUACACAGCAGGCGGCCGAGGCCUGCACGCGGCGGGGGCAGCGAGGAGACCCUGGCGGCGCGCAAACGGUGGCUACUCGCUCCACGGGCUGCAGCUCUGCAGGCGCGGCCCGGAGCCCGGGUGAGGGGACACCGGGGCCGCCACGCGCCAACUUCUAAGGCCUGGGCGGCGGUGGGAGCUGGUGCGUGUGAACGCGCGUGGGCUGCCCGCAGUCCACUCCCGCGCGGCCCGCACCCUGCGCCCGCAGCUGCGUGUGCAGCGCAACCCCACGGUGUUUGUGCAGCUACGCAGCUCGCGCGCGGCCCCCGCCCACCCGGGCGCGGCCCCGGCAGGAAAACCCUCCAAGCCUCCCAGCCCGCGGCGGCGGCGGCGGCGGCGGCGGCUCAGGAACACGACUGCUCCUCCUCUGCCCGAGCGAAACGUGGUGUCCUUAGGGACCGGCUGGCGUGA